GGCACCUUUGCAUCGGAGGAUCUUCACGGUCGCCGGCCGGGCCCGCCCGUGCACCGCGUGGGAGCAGGAUUCCCAGCCGUGGUCCGUCCGGUCCGUCCUCACGGAGCUUUCAUACCCGCCUACUCCCGUUCAGCCCGGCCGUCUCCCACAAACUUCGUGGCAGGCAGGCGAGACCACGACUCCGACCGUCUUCGCGGCAGUCCGAGUCCAACGCCUCCGCCUCCCGUCCGACUUCGUGGUAAAACCUCCGCGAUUUCCCCCACCCCCUUCCCCUCCCUCCUACAAAUAACCCCCACCAGUACCACCCACCGCAUGCGCGACGAGAAGCAGCAGCUGGCGCGCGAGUCUUGACUUUGCCGGAGCAAGAGGAGAGGAGGAAGGGAGGGAGCUUGGGAGCAGGAAGGAAGGGAGAGAGAGGAAGCUAUGGAGAAGGCAAUCGACAGGCAGCGGAUUCUGCUGCGGCACCUCGACCCCGCGGCGAGCCCCACGCUGCCUGCCAUCUCCGCGAGCGCGUGCGCGGCGGGGGACAGCGCGGCGUACCACCGGAGUGCGGGCUUCGCCGACGACGUCGUCAUCGUCGCCGCCUACAGGACUGCGAUUUGCAAGGCCAAGAGAGGGGGUUUCAAGGAUUCGUUUGCUGAGGACCUCUUGGUUCCUGUCUUCAAGGCUUUGGUAGAUAAAACAAAGCUGAACCCGAGCGAAGUUGGUGACAUUGUUGUCGGUACCGUCUUAGCUCCUGGGUCCCAAAGGGCAAUUGAAUGCAGAAUGGCCGCGCUGUAUGCUGGUUUCCCUGACACUGUUCCUCUUAGGACUGUAAACAGGCAGUGCUCCUCUGGGCUUCAGGCAGUUGCAGAUGUUGCUGCUGCUAUUAAAGCAGGUUUCUAUGAUAUUGGUAUUGCUGCUGGCCUGGAGUCCAUGACAGUGAACCAAGUUCGUCUUGAUGGGCAAGUGAAUCCCAAAGUUGAGCUAUUUUCUCAAGCACGUGAUUGCCUUCUCCCAAUGGGCCUCACAUCUGAGAAUGUUGCACACCGAUUUGGCAUAACACGACUGGAGCAAGAUCAAGCUGCUGUUGAGUCCCACAGGAAGGCUGCUGCAGCAGCAGGUGCUGGUAAAUUCAGCGAAGAAAUUAUUCCAGUUCAUACAAAGAUUGUCAAUCCAAAAACUGGCGAGGAAAAGGAGAUUGUAGUCUCAGCAGAUGAUGGAAUCCGAGCAGAUACUUCGCUGGCAAUCCUGUCAAAACUUAAACCAGCAUUUUCGAAGGAUGGCAGCACUACUGCUGGAAAUGCUAGCCAAGUGAGUGAUGGCGCAGGAGCUGUCUUGCUGAUGCGACAAGAUGUUGCUAUGCGAAAGGGGCUUCCAAUUCUUGGUGUAUUCAGGAGCUUUGCUGCAGUUGGAGUUGAUCCAGCUGUAAUGGGUAUUGGUCCUGCUGUUGCAAUCCCUGCAGCAGUGAAAGCUGCUGGCCUCCAAAUUGAUGAUAUUGACCUUUUUGAAAUUAACGAGGCUUUUGCAUCUCAAUAUGUGUACUGCUGCAAAAAGUUGGAACUUGAUCCAGCAAAAGUCAAUGUUAAUGGAGGUGCAAUUGCUCUUGGACACCCAUUAGGUGCUACAGGUGCGCGAUGCGUCAGUACUCUUCUCAAUGAGAUGAAGCGGCGUGGCAAAGACUGCCGCUUUGGAGUAAUUUCUAUGUGCAUAGGUUCCGGGAUGGGUGCUGCUGCUGUAUUUGAGCGGGGAGACGCCGUGGAUGAGCUCACCAAUGCUCGGGGGAUCCUGUCCCAUAACUGGCUUUCGAAGGACGCAAUGUGAUUAUACCAUAAAAUUUGUGGAACUGGUUGUAUUGUUUUCAAGUCACACCAGAAGGCGUAUUGAGGAAUAAAGUGAUUUGUGUAUCUGUCGCCCCUGCUGGGGGAUAAGAAUAACUAAUACUCCAUCAAUGUUUGAACUUGGUUAGUUGAUAAUCGUGGUUAGUUGGAAA